AUUGGGGUGCAAAUUCUCUCUCUCAGAAUGUCGGGUUUACAGAACGCAGGCUAUUUUACUGGUUGUAUUUAGCAUGGGUGUGUGGACAUAAACUUCAUGUCAGGAUACAGGAACCACAAGUUGGUCGAUGUUGAUUGAAAGUUUGAUUUAUGAUGGGAUUGGAGUCAUAUAACAUCAUUCUGAAAGGAUUACGAAGCUGUUGCUUUUGAUCCCUUUUGAUCGAAAUCGCCGUGAUCGAGUGAGGAGUUACUUUGUUUGGAGUGAACUUGUCGGUUCUCACGGUUGUUAAGAAAGUGAAGUGUGUGUACACUUGUCCCCUCUUUGGAGGUGUGUAACUGGAGAUCGUCUGACGUGUGCUUGAGGCUAAUUUGGCACCAUGUCUCAGAGAUCCUCCAGAAGAGAAAACGGUUCCUGGCACCAGUCGUUUGACGUUGAAAUGACAGUUGAUGACUCUGCCUCUAUGCCAGAGAACGGAACCCAUCCUAUGAUGAACGGAAACAACAACGGGACUAAUGGUACCAUGAAGCGCAGCUCCUCUCUCCAGAGCCUCAACAUUUUCCGACGGUUCCCGGGCAAGAAGGGAUCUCUCUCCAAAGUCUUUGGACGCAAGUCCAAGCACAAGAUUUCCUCUGCUCAUUCUAGUACUAUAUCUCGUUCGCAGGAUAAUGUGGCGUAUGACUUUGAGAUCCAGGGUGGACCGCCUUCACCUCCAUCUGUCUCCGCCAUGGCUCUAGGAUCUGAUAGGAGUACACAGGGGCCAGCUUUCUGGGAGAUACCAAGGGAAAGGCUGGUUGUAGGAAAUAGCAAGCAGUAUGGACGAUUUGGAGAGGUCUACUUUGGCAAGGUUUUCAUCGGAAAUCAAAGCCUGGCUGUUGAUGUAAAGAAACAAAGAGAUAACACCCCGCUAGACAAGAAGAAGAUGCUAGCUGAGCUUUCAGUUCUUAGUCGAGUUGGUCGUCAUGCCAACGUUCUUAAUCUCAUUGGGGCUUGUUCUAAAUCAUCAGGUCCAGUCUAUCUCGCCUAUGAGAGUAUGGAACCGGUCAGACUGGACGUUUACCUUAGGACCAUCCAGGAUACCCAUAAGCCGGUCACCAUGCAUGUACCGGACUUCAACAUCACCACGCCCCUCAUGCCCCUGCUCAUGAAAUUUGCUGUGGAUAUUGCAUCCGGUCUCUCUCACCUUGCCUCUAAAAAGAUCGUGGAGCACAGCCUAGGUGUGAGGAAUAUUGCGCUGACUGUUGAUCUUGUUGCCAAGGUAACCGACUUUACCAUCCGAGAUGACACCCAGAGUAACGGGCGAGCGGUGAAUGGAAAUGUGCAAUCUUCAUUUCCCCCCACUGCAAGAUGGAUGGCGUAUGAGACAUUAGUGUUUAGCACUUGUACAGAGCAAAGUAAUGUAUGGUCUCUUGGUGUUAUAAUCUGGGAAAUCAUGUCAUUUGGUCGGGAACCAUUUGAUGGCUAUCACGUAGAUGAAUUGAGUAAAAAACUAACAGAAGGCUACACGUUGAACCAACCAGAUGGGUGCUUAGAUGACGUAUAUGAAAUCAUUCAGAGUUGUCUAAGACUAGAACCCAAAGAAAGACCGAUGCUGAAGAGCCUUGUAGCAAGACUAGCUAGGAGAUACCAGAGCAUCAAAUUACAGGACAAAGCAACAAGAGCGGAAGUGUUCCAAUCCCUGGCCCAGUUGAGUGAUAACCAUGACAACAUGACCCCACCUCAGAUCAGGAGUAUGGAGAUGCUCGUCAAUGGAAAUAUAGAUAAGGAGAUACCUCAAGCAAGGUUAAUGGCAGUCCAGUAUGCAGCUACAGCCUUCCCUGGCAGCCAUCAUGCUUCCAAAUACAUCUUACUCUCUGCAUGUGGAGAUGAGGUUGAAGUUGUGAGGUCGGAAGCAAUCAACAUCAUCAAAAUGCAGGCUAGGAUAGCAGAAAUGGAUAUGGAAUCAGACACGCCCACCGGAAAGAUGUUACCAGCAUUCCCCCAGAUGAUAAACCAUAUAAGAAUGAAGGCCUUCGACAACUUGCCAAAUUCCAGUCAAAAGUCUCAAGGGCCAUUAGGAGUCUUCACAAUACCCUUCAAAGCCCUUGUCUAUGAAAAGAUUGCUGUUUACCUUCGGAUGUGCCUGGCAUACUCAGCAGGCGUAUCACCGAACGUCUUCAAGACGAGCGAGAUGAAGAGUCAAAGUCCGGCCAUCAGUCGUUACGUCAACGACCUCCUGGACAUGUACGCAGGAGAUUCGGGUGCCCCCAUCUCUUCCUACACUGGUCUUCUGAGGCAGUAUGUGUCGGCCAUCGGUGGUGGGAGGGGCUUGUAUUCACUCCUGGAGGUCGUUGCCAUGGCACCCGAUAAACUAGCACAGCAGUUUGUCAAAAAGACAGACAGUUUGAAGAUGUUACUGCAUUCUGAUGAGGAAGCAGUGCGCCUCUAUGCAGCUCAGCUUUUGGGCGUGGUCUUAUGUUAUGCCCCACCUCCACUGGUAGUCGACUCCAUCACAUCCUUAACUUCCAGACUUGAUACAGAUUCCAUGGAGAGCUGUCAAGCGAUGCUUUGGACUCUAGGAUUCUCCAUUGGUAGACAGAUGCAGAAGGAGACCUUAGCGAACAAGGACACCUUCACCAGACUAACGGACACCCACAAUCUUGGGGAGAACAUCUACAGAAGAGCCACAGAAGCUAUAGUUUCCAAGCUUAAUAGCAGUAGCCCCACCAUCGUCAAGGCAGCAUGUACAGCGAUUGCAGAGAUCGGGCGCAACGGUCCGAUCCCCUUGCCAAAGGGAGGUAAAACGAAUGGACGAUCUACCAAGGGUAGCUCGGAAUCGGUCAGGAGUAAGAAUGGAGCUAAUGGACCUACCAAGCUUAGCCUUGUUCAGAGACUGAGUGACUUAUUCACCAAGGACUCUGUUCUUUACGUGCUUGAGUUGAAGAAGGAAGCAGCCAGUGCCCUUGCCCAUCUCAUGGUAGGUGAGGCAGAGUUUCCUUACACCAAGCUGGCCUUAGAGGCACUACCAAACGGUCUUAAGAUCUCAGCGCCCAGCAGAGAACAACUCUUCACUUUCCAGUUCCAUCUUGCCGAUGCCCUUUCCACCGCUCUCCAGGGGACAUCAGCCCCCGCUGCCUUGGACCCCUGGCUUGAAGAGAGCACCACGCCCUUAGGGAGUGCUACUCCUAACAACGGGGACCUCAAAACACUCCUAGACACCCUCCUCACGGAUCGGCAGAAAACAAACAACUCAGACGAAAAGGAGGCUAUAACUGUUAUGUUAACAGUUUUAUUUGAGACUUUCAGGCAUCAUCAAAGUGUGAAGGAUAAUGAAUCUGAAAUGAUGGCCAUCAUUAAAGAUGCUGUGAUGGAAUGGGAUGCCAAUGGUGUCAUCUCAGAUCUUCCCUGUGAUCUCCAAAAGCGUAUCCUUCAAGUCUUGAAGCUGACAAGGACGUUGUCUGACGAUGGAUCCUUCCCGCCGCCAUCUAGGAUGGAUUCCAGUGACGCUUCCACCUCAUCGCCGGCAUCCAGGAUGGAUUCAGAUGAGCCAUUGUAUGCCGUCGUGCAUAGGGUCACUCCCGAUAUCCACAGUAGCUCUGCCAACAGUUCCGAAGACACUGCCCAUGAUGUUACCCCGAUGCUUGAUGAUGCGGCUAGCGAGGAGGAGGAUGCGACUAACGAGGAGGAUGAAGUUACUUCAUUUUGAAGAGACAAAAAUUGAAGUAAUGAAACUUUGAACAUGACUCUGAUGAAGUGAGAUUUGUCUCUGAGAAAUACAGAGAGAUUCAUCUAAUUUAGUACCACAUGUGUUCUUAACAAGGCACAAGACUAUUUUGCAAGCAGCGUCUGCAGAACCUACACCACCUUCUAUAGAAAUCUGCAUGCUGAUGACACUUGGUGCUAUAAGUCUUUGAUGAUCAUGUGAAGUCAUGCCUGUGAUAUGAGUUAUGUCAUUAUGUAAUCUGUAGACCUUCAUAAUAGUAAUAAUAAUAAUGAUAAUAAUGAUAAUAAUCUAUUCCAAGGCACAUUGUUAGUAUUAUUACCCCGGCUUUAGCUCGAGCUGCCUUUCAGCGCUCGUGCAUUCAAGGAAUCAAUCCUACCUGAUUGCCAUUUACCUCACUUGGGUCGAGUACAGCCGUGUUGACGAAUUUCUUGCUGAAGGAAAACACACCAUGGCUAGGAUUUGAACCUACGACCCUCUGUUUGAAAGGCGAGAGUCAGAACCACUAGACCACAACGCGCCCAUGCCUGGGUCGGGAUCGCUCCUUCAUCGUACAUUCCAUAUUUUCCAGUGUUUCGGAGGAAACGGAGGUUUACCUUGUACAUGCAUGUACACCAACUGGCCCUCGACAGACUCGCUUGAUGAAAGUAACUUGAUAAUUGACAUUGACCCUGCUGUUGGAGAUUCACAGAAGACUGAGCUCUGUGAAUACAAGAGAUGACAAUUUAAGUUGAAUUUCAUUUUUAAAUGAUUGUGACAGUAGGGCCGUUAGAUGUCAUCAUGUUAUUCUAGGCUGCUGGCCCUGACUUUGGAAUUGCACUCAAAUCCAGGAAAGUGAGUCGAAUGUUGACAGUGAUUUUUAGCAGACUUAAUUUACAUUGUUUUAACUUCUAUUUUAUCUUAAAUGACUAUGAUUAUGGGAAAAAGAAAUUAGAUUUUGAUUUAAAUUUUUGAUUGUAUUGUAACCUCAUCAUUGCCUUGUAAACAUACCUCUUGCAAGUUUAAGAGAAUGACAUAACAUCUCUUAUUCAAAGUUUGAUAUUAACAUACUUGUUUGAAUCAGUUUGGGUGUGGCAGCAGGUAGUUGUUGUCCCAUAAUUUGUUACUGUAUAUCUGAAAUGCUGCAUUUUGUGACAGGUGGUCGCUUCACACAGUUUUUCUUUAAAAGAGAUUCUCACGCACUUCUUUAUUGAUUUUUGUUUUAUGGGAAAUAACGUUAUGAUAUAGUUUGAAGGGAUAAAAAUCAAUAUCCACAGUUGCAGUGUUUACACUGUGAUUUGGCUUGUGAGUUCAAUCCUCUUGCUUGAUUGAAUGCUAGGAAGAUUAAGUUAAUCUCACGUAAACAAAAAAGAUUGGUUUCACACGGUACGCAGUUAAUGAAGGGAUGAUUUGAUUAUUCGCCCAAUGACGUUAGCUUCAACAUGACUCUCGUUAUCCCCUCUUAAUAAAUAAGGCUGAUUAUUUACAUGCCCCUAGCUGGUUGAAACCUGCGAUACCGCGGGCGUAUUGAAAGUGGUGGUGUUUGACACUGCAGACGGAUUAUUCUGAUCAUGUUUACAUGACAUAAAAUUAAUGUUUUGAGCAUGUUUUUUUUUGUUAGACUCCUCCAGUCAAGUCGCGGUGUGAACGCAACGUUCUUUCCAUAAUGUAUAGCAUGCCUAUUACAUGUAAUUUAUAUGUACAUAUAUGAAGUGAAUUUGACUUUUGUAUUUAUAAGAAACAAAGAAAAUACCAUGCACCUUUCUGCAUGAUGCUAUAUGAAUAAAGAUGCGAUGUAAAUUCAUGUAAAGAAACAAACAGUACUGUAUUCCACUAAACUUUGUAACAAUGUACUUGUAAAUAUUUCAAAGAUAAUAAUUAUCUGUAAAUAUAUAUAAACAAAAAAAGUCUUGUAAAUUGUUUAUAUUUCAUUAUAACUCAAUCGUAUUAUCUUGCAUUUAUGAUAGUGUAGUCAACAUCUGUCAACUGUCACUUUAUGAAUAUUUAGUGCUGCGUACAAUCAUUUGAAAUAAGGAAAUAUUUUAUGAAUAAUAAAAUGAGCUCCUUCCACUGGAAGCAAUCUCUUACGAAUAGUACAAUCUGAUGACAAUACAUGACAUAAAGUUUGUCCUUUUUAUUACAAAAUAUGCAAGCGCUGUAGUUGAUAAACAUAUGAUAUGAAAGUAGAAGUUCUAGAAGAGAAGAAUGCUAUGGAAAUAGAAAGAUGUUCACAUUAUUCAAUAUACUUGAAAACAAAAGAUGCAUUUUAACACUGAUUUGGAUCACUUGAAGAAUAUAUGACCAAUUUGAGUUUACUUUUGAUCUGGAUUUAGUCAAUAGAUGAAGUUAGAUAUUGCGAUUCAUUUUGCUCUCUCUAUUGUGAGGUGGUGUUUCACUAAAGCUAAUAUCAAUUUUAAGAAACUAUACAUGUAGAUCAGUCAUUCUCAUGAAAUCGACUUUAUCUCACUUUGAAAUGAUAUUAGCUUUCAGUGAAACAUCCCAUACAUGAUGACAGUCUUCAUAGAUUGAUUAUGACAUUUGUUAGUAAACAAUCAAAAUUUGAUAGAAUUAUACCUAAAACAGGGCAUUAUUGUAUGUGUUAUUGAUAAAUGAAGAAAAUGACGAUCUUUUUUGCUUAAGAUAUCAUGAAUGUUGUCUAGAUAAUAAUGUAAUUCUUUUAGCAAUAAUUUUAAAUGAUAUUCUUAAUUGAAUUUUAUAAUUUCCCUUUUGCUAUUUUUGCCAUCACAAAUUAUAUGUAGCCCCUUUUGAUUUGCACAAACUAGCUAUUUUUCCUAUAAUUUUUUUAUUUUCAUAAACUGUUGUCUCUAUGCAGUGUUUACAAUUAAACACUCUUCCACAGGCAAUUUGAUAGGCUUAUGAAUUAUAUAGAUUUAAUCCUGAAACUUGCACAUAUAUCUUCAUCUAAACGUUGAGGGGAAAUUAUUUGAAACAAAUGGAAGACUUCAUUGUUUAUUAUGAAAUGUCAUUUUCAUGAAAAAAAGAAAAUGCCCCUAAAUAGGCUAGUUUGUUAAAAUGGUGACAGGUUGGUUAAUUGAUCUUAAAAGAAACCUUAGGUUAAUUAUUCAAGGAAUUAAAAAUGCUUACUCUAAUAAAGAUUUAUAACAAACAUCUUAUAUAUAUUUGUCAUGAGUUGUACUGAAAUAGAAAUGUACAGUGUAUUCAUGUAUAUUACUCUUCAGUGCCAAGAUGCAUUGUUUUUUUUUUAAAGUAAAAUAGACCAAAAAAUCUAGGUCUUCCAUAUUUGUUCCUUGAAGGCUGAAUAUAUAUGCUUUUCAUGUUUAUAUUUAUUCUGAAAGUUUUCUGCAUGCAUUUCUAUGAUAAUCAAUUUGUUUGUCCUUCAUUUCUAUUUUUCAAAUUUUAGUGUUUGUAUUUUUCAAGACAAAUUGCCUUGAAAAACCAAAUAAAUGUAUACAAUUUUUUUUUAAUCUGUGUUAAUAAAAAACAUCCCUCUUGUGGCUUUACAUGUAUAAUAAUGAUGUUUCUGGUCCUAGAUCCGUGAUGCCAUUCUGAUCUAAGAUUUUGGUUAUUUAUGCAAUUUAAUGUUAUAACACACACUCAAAAGCAUUGCCAAUAAAAUAAUGAGUUUGACUGAUUUUGUGAAACCUUUACCAUGUGUAUUGCAAUGGGCAUGAAUUAUAGAAUCUAGGAUUUUUUUCUGUUGCAUUAACAAUAACCAAUAUCGUAUGCAGAAAAAAUUUACCUUACAUGUUUCAUAUGUUUUAAUAGAUCAACUCAAUUUAUUAAGCAGAUGUUAAUGGAAUAUUCUGUAUGGAAUUCAAUAUAAACCUGCUGAGUGAGCCAGGGAGCAUGUCAUGAAGUUUUUUUUUGUGAUUUCUAACGACAGAUGUAGAAAGCUGCAUCAAAUUCUUACAUGUGAUUGGCCAAGAGCAGAUUAGUCAGUGAAAAUCGGCCACUUUGUUUCAUGAAACCCAUCCCUAAAAAUUGAUUAAUCUAUCCAAUAGUGGCAAAAUAUACUUUCAACUUACGCCUAAAUUUUAAGAUAUCUGGCAAUAAAUACUGCAUGUUGAAGUCUUUCAUUGUAGUCUUUUGAAUGUCAUUUUGAUUCAAGAUUUUCCUUUUAAUUUGAUAAUUUGAUGAAAUUGCUAGGAAAAUAUAAAUUUAUGUAUUGUUAGCAAAAUAGUGCAUUUUUAAGAGCUGUCUUAUUGAAUCAUGUAAAAAAGUUAUUGCGUCUUCAAGUCUUUCAUGAUUGUCUUUCAUUUGUAAGAUUUAUAUUUUAGAAUUGAAAUUAGUUAACCUUGAUUAUUUUUCUCCUUGUUAGAAAAAGAAUAAAUCUUUAAAACAAUUUGUACUAAUUUGCAAAUGGGACAUCAAUUACAUUUUAGAAUUUUUUACUUGAAUAUUGAGCUUUUUUUGCCAUUUUGAUAUUUAUAAAGUGAUGAGGUAUUAAUGUUUGAUAUUCAAUGCUGAAACUAAAAUAUGUAUUUUAUGUUUGAUCUACAAUUAGUUUUGCUAAGACAUUGUGUAACAUGAAGAAUUAUGUUAAAUACACAGUAAUAGCAAUACUUCUGAAAUCCAAUAUUCUGUGUAAAUCCGUGGUUAUGUUAAUUCAAUUGAUCUUAUAUAUUGUCCUUUGUAUAUGUCUGUGUCCGAAUAUUUUUGUGGUUAUCUUUUACUUUGUAUUCCAUGUCUGCAUUAUUGUUCUUAGAUGUUUUAAAAUGAAAGUGCAUGGAAAUAAAAUUAUGUCAUAUUGAAUGACAGGAAUGUUUUAUCUACAAGCAUUAUUCUCCAUGAGCUAUCCUUGUUCCAUUUAAUGAACCAGCAUUUAAAGAAAUACUUUAUCAUACACAAAUAUUUAUCCAGUACGUUUUAAGGCAAAGCGUAAAUCAAUAAUGAAUUGCAGAAUAUUAACAAUCAGCUUAAUUAAUCUUGAUAAUAUCAAGGAUUGAUUAGAAAGGAAGAUUUUGUUAUCUUUGCGUAAAUAAUUUCGCUAUGUACUUUUUAACCUUAUAAAUGUUCUUUCAUGUAAUAAAUGCAAUUUAUCUAA